UAAUAAAAAAAAACAAUGGAUCGUUAUCACGUAACCCUGAUAAUGGUAAUCAUCAUUUCCAUAAUUAACCAAUCAUCAUCCUCAACAAAAUCAACAAUCGAUUCAGAUUCCAGUUCUGUGUUCGUGAGAUUUGAAUUGUUCCAUUCAAAUCUUACCUCAGGUUUAGUGAAUAAUGAGAAUGGCGAAUAUCAUCUUCAAUUAUCGUUACCAUUGUUUUUGAUCGAAUUCGACUUAAUGCUCGUACAUAAACAAAUCAACUUUUCCGAAAGCAAAAAUUUCAUAGUGAAUGAAUAUUAUUUACAAACUACGAAUCAUUUCGAUAUGAAUGCAACGAUAAAAGUAAUCAGUGAAACAAAAACCUACAAUACAAACAACAACAAAUGGAAACAAAUUGAAAUCAAUUCACAACUUGUAUUGCCCGUGGCCAAUGGUUUUCUCCCUGUCCCGAUGAUUAUAUGGAUUGAACGUGUUGCGACAUCUGACGAUGGUCAUUUUGAUUAUUAUCAAGCUAAAAUGAAAUCUAAAUUUGGCGACUUUUUCACAUUGGAUUAUCAACUUGAUAUGGAAAUGCAAUCAAAUUUGUUUGGCAGUUUCAAUCCGAAACGUUGUCCAUACAUCCGUUUAAAUCAUACACUUCAAAGCGAUCCAAAGGAAUGGCUAUAUUUUCAAUCGUCAAUUGAACAUUCAUGUCCUAGAAUUUCAGAUUUGCGUAUCAUGAUACAAUCGAAAUCGAAAUAUUUCCCCAUGGCCAAUCUGGAUUUGCUUCAAACAUUCAACUUGGAUACUAAUGGCAACGAAAUGAUGCAAAUGAUACAUCCAAUCGUGGAUGCUAUGGUGACCGGAUUCUGGCAAUCGAUCGGUUCCUAUUCGCUCUAUCAGAAAACAUUAUGGCUGAAAAUUAAACCUUGGUACAAACACAUUAAACUGGAUUAUAUCAAGCAGAGUAGCGAUUGGAAUCGUUUCUAUACGUUGUCAUGGUCUGAUAAAGAUUUUUCUCAAUUUGAACCAAAGACGCGAAUAGGAAUCCAUUCUUCAACGAUCGCCAAUCCAUUGACCGAAAUCGUCAAGCAAAUUGUUCUCUACACAUCAGCCAUCCUUAAUUCGAUCAUAAGCAUUGUGCUAUCGGUGUUGUCAACAUUGGAAUCGACUAUUCAAGAAACCAUACAAAGUCUUAUGGAUUGGUCAGCAUUUGAGUGGCCAAUUCAUUCAUUCCAUUGGACCAUUAUCACCUUACAAGUGAUGUUAUUUAUAUUCUAUGCUACCAUUAAAGUCAUUCGAGUUUUACGUAUAAAUUGGCUUCUUAUUCUACUCAUCAAAUGGGGCACCAUUAUUUUGAUGGCUGUGAUCAUUGCCAUUUCAAUCGUUCAGAUUUUAUACUGGAAUAAUCUGGAAAAAACAUUUUAUUAAUUGAAAAUUGUCUAAUAAUUUAUUGUAAUUCUCAAUGUUAUU